AUGACCAUAGCCAAACAACAAGCCCAGCAGCAAGCUGGAGUCGCUCAGAUUCGUUUAAAUAUUGAGAAAGAUUAUCAAUCUGCCUUACGGGUCAUGGAUAAAGAUCUAAAGCAUGCUAAAAAUGAGGCGGCCCGCUUAGAAGAAGAACUGGAAAACACGAUUGGUUUAGUCAGAAGAGUUGAGGCGAACAAAAAUGCCGAAAUGCAUAAGUUGCAAAAAGACUUGAGUAUUAUUGAAGAGGAUGUGCACCAGCAACAAUUGGAGUUUGAUCAGCAGAAAGAGCAGUUUGAAAGAGAAAGGGCCCAUUGGAUACGCUCAAAGGGUCAGUUUCAUGCACAAUUAGAAGAAAUAAAAAGGCAGAAGAAGGAUCAUCAACAUGCAGAUUUUGAGGCAGAGCGGCGUCAGUGGAUGAUAGAGAGAGGUGUGCUAAACCGUCGUAUUGAAGAGUAUGAGAGACAGGAGGCUCAGAUUGGGCACGCCCUCAACACUACCCAGAUGUGGUUGCAGAAUUGUCACGUGAAUAUAGGGUAA